UGAAUUUUGGUGUUAGAGAGAAAAUUAAAAGCCUUUCCUCUUAAUGUCACUGCCUUAUCCUCCCUCCCUUCCUCUCUCUCUCCCACCCUCCCUCCUUCUCUCUCUCUCUCUCCCCACCCUCCCUCCUUCUCUCUCUCUCUCUCUCUCUCUCUCAUUGCAAAGCUCUCCAGAGACUUGAGCAAAUGUUUCUACAUUUCUCUCUCUCAUUAGUACUACCUUGUGUGGCUUUCUGUUGAACUUUUUUUGGGUGUGCUUAUCAGCAACAAAGCUGCAAGUACAUGAGAGGGAGGUGGUGGUUGUUCAAACACAUAUUGAAGACUGGUGGCUGAGAGGUUUGGUGCACAAUUUUACUCAUAGUAAAAGUUCACUUCUUCUCCCCUUCAGAUUUAUUUAAGAACUCGGAAUAGGGAAGAGAGCAAAAGGAAUGAUUCUGAAAGAGAAUUGAAGGGAAAAAAAGGGUUGGUAGUACUAAUGGAAGCCAUCUGUGCAUUCAAUGAAGCUCAAGCGGCAAUGGAAAUGAAAGGCCUGUUGGCGGUGAAUGACAACAGUAUGUCUAAUUUGACCUCCAGUGCGUCCGGUGAGAUCUGUGCUUCUUCAGGUUCCGGAAGUGAAAUUUAUGGCAACAACAACAACUUGUAUUCUCAUCACUCCUUUGCUUCUGCAAAUCAUCAACCAUCUCCUCCUCCAAAGAAGAAGAGAAACCUCCCAGGCAAUCCAGACCCAGAUGCGGAAGUGAUAGCCUUGUCGCCGAAGACGCUCAUGGCGACCAACCGAUUCAUAUGCGAGAUCUGCAACAAAGGGUUUCAAAGGGACCAGAACCUCCAGCUCCACAGGAGAGGGCACAACCUGCCUUGGAAGCUGAAGCAAAGACCAAAGGAUGAACCGAUAAGGAAGAAGGUGUACGUUUGCCCCGAGCCGACAUGCGUGCACCAUGACGCGUCGAGAGCGCUCGGUGAUCUCACCGGCAUCAAGAAGCACUUCUCCCGAAAGCAUGGCGAGAAGAAGUGGAAGUGCGAGAAGUGCUCAAAGCGCUACGCGGUUCAGUCAGACUGGAAGGCUCACUCAAAGGUUUGCGGCACGAGAGAGUACAAAUGCGACUGUGGAACCCUCUUCUCCAGGAGGGACAGCUUCAUCACACAUAGGGCCUUCUGCGAUACCUUAGCAGAAGAGUGCGCAAAAACCGCUCCUCCGAACCAGCCCAACUUCUUGAUCCCCUCCUCUUCCCAACCUCCCACCACUUCCCUCGUCACUUCCCGCAUCAAUCUCCAAAACAUCAGCUCCCUCUCCAUCAAGAGAGAGCAAGAACAGCAGCAACAUCAGCAGCAGGUUCACAUCUUCAACCCCAGGCAACAGACCAUUGGCCCCUCGUGGACACCAUUGCCUUAUAUCUCCCGCGGUACCUUGUCGUCCCCAUCGUCUUUUUUAGACCCAUCGGCGCAGGUUCUCCAAAACCCUAGCUCCGAUAAUCCUUCCGCUGGCAUUAGCAUUAAUCUUCCUCACGCAGAGCACACUGGGACUGGGUUUUCUUCGCCGUCUUCCUCACCUCACAUGUCAGCAACUGCACUGUUGCAAAAAGCAGCACAGAUGGGGGUGACCAUGAACAACCAGCCCAGCUCAUCGCUUGGAGUCAACUGCAGUGCCCCACAAGCACACCACAGUCGCAUGCAUGAUAAUAAUCUCGUGAACCUGGGGUCACGUGACCGUCACCAUCAUCGUCCUCAAGAUCAUCAGAUGGGAACAGGUCGGUUUGCUGAUCAGAGCUUGUCAUCUUUCGGGAAUAAAGCUGUCGCCGCUCCUGCGGGCGUUUUAGGAGGAGCUGGUGAGCCAGGUCCUCCUCUCUCUCUUCUUCAACAAGACAUGAAUGUGAUGAUGAUGAUGAACCCGCUGUCGUCUUUGGACGGGGCUGAUGACGAUCUGAACGAGAUGAUCUUGAACAACAAUUACGGCGAUGAUAUUUCGGAGAGACCUUCAUCGGGACAUGGGGGAGAUGAUUUUAAGGGAGCGGCGACCUUGGAAUCAGCAAAAAGGUAUCGCCUCGAGGGCGACAAAGAUAGCAUGGCGACCAGGGAUUUCUUGGGUCUCAAAGCAUUCUCGCCCAAGGAUUUUCUCAAUCACAAAGUUGCUGGGUUUGACCCGAUGGUUUAGCGUGGCAGGACAGAGAAUGAUGGGCUUCCUCAGAGUAAAAGCAAGAAACAAGGCACAUUGACACCCGGCUUAAAGCUUUUCUUUUACAAUGUUCAGUCAACUUCAACCAGCAGCUUUCGGCCUGCUUAGAGAGAGAAAGUGAGAGGGAGAGUGAGGACAUGUUGAUGGCAACUUUACAAAGAUGUCAAGGAGAGCAUCCUCUCCACUGUCCACUCGUGGAGUUCGUUGGCAUGAUUUCGCAGAGGGAAUCUAGAGAAAGAAGAACUUCAAGCUGAGGUUUUCGCUUACAUUCUUCUCAAUGAAUAUGUGGAUGGAGAGAAAAUCACAGUAAGGAAUAUACGCAAGAUCUUGGUUUUCUCUUCCUUCUUGUUUUUGUUAUGGGACUCAACUUAAGUUCCCUUUGUUUCGCAAAAUUUCAAUUUACUGAAUUUUUGGAAAUAACAUAUAAGGUGUGAAUUUUGUGUA